GUGGGGCGGGUGGAGGCUCGGACAGCUUCCCAGGCAGGCGGGCGCUCAGGCUGGUCCCGCGACCUGCAGCAGGCGCCUCCAGUUCCCAGCUGCCGCCGCCCCUGCGCUCCAUACCGGCUCCGCCAUGCCUAAGCAGUUCAGCGUCGCCGAGUUCCUAGCCGUCACCGUCGAGGACCUCAGUUCCCCAGCCGGGGCCGCCGCCUUCGUCGCCAAGAUGCCUCGGUGCCGGGGGGCGGUGUUGGCGCGGGAGGAGAUCCUAGAAGGAGACCAAGCCAUCCUGCAGAGAAUAAAGAAGGCUGUGCGGAUGAUCCACAGCUCUGGCCUUGGCCAUGUGGAGAAUGAGGAGCAAUACCAAGAGGCAGUGGAGUCCUUAGGCAACAGCCACCUGUCCCAGAAUAGCCAUGAACUGUCCACAGGCUUCCUGAACUUGUCUGUGUUCACUCGAGAGGUGGCUGCACUUUUCAAGAACUUGGUUCAGAACCUGAACAACAUUGUGUCUUUUCCCCUGGACAGUCUGUUGAAGGGGCAGCUGAGGGAUGGACGGCAGGAUUCCAAAAAGCAGCUGGAGAAGGCAUGGAAGGACUAUGAAACCAAAAUGACCAGGUUGGAGAAGGAGAGAGAUCGUGCCAGGAUGUCAGGAGGGAGUCCUGGGGAGCUGGCCCAUGACACACAGAGAGAACGACGAGUCUUCCAGUUGCAUAUGUGUGAGUAUCUGCUCAAGGCCAAGGAAAGCCAGAUGAAGCAAGGCCCUGAUUUCCUGCAGAGCCUCAUCAAGUUCUUCCAUGCCCAACACAACUUUUUCCAAGAUGGCUGGAAGGCUGCUCAGAGCUUGUCCCCCUUCAUCGAGAAACUGGCAGUCUCAGUCCAUGCACUGCGGCAAGCCCAGGAGGAAGAGCUGCAGAAUCUGACCCAGCUCCGGGACUCCCUCCGAGGGACGCUGCAGCUUGAAAGCAGAGAGGAACAGGAGAAUCUGAACCGGAAGAAUUCAGGAGGUGGCUACAGUAUCCACCAGCACCAAGGCAACAAGCAAUUUGGGACAGAGAAGGUGGGCUUUCUCUACAAGAAAAGUGAUGGAAUUAGAAGAGUGUGGCAGAAAAGGAAGUGUGGAAUCAAGUAUGGCUGCCUGACCAUCUCUCACAGCACGAUAAACCGGCCCCCUGUGAAGCUGACUCUGCUGACAUGCCAAGUGAGACCAAACCUGGAAGAGAAAAAGUGCUUUGACCUGGUGACUCACAACAGGACAUACCACUUCCAGGCAGAGGAUGAACACGAGUGUGAGGCGUGGGUAUCAGUGCUACAGAAUAGCAAGGAUGAAGCCUUGAGCAGUGCCUUUCUCGGGGAGCCCAGCAGCAGCAGCCUGGGUCCUUGGGGCAGUGCCGGGCUGCAAGGGGAGCCCCAAGACCUCACAAAGCUGCUCAUUGCUGAGGUGAAGAACAGGCCUGGGAACAACCAGUGUUGCGACUGUGGGGCUGCAGACCCCACUUGGCUCAGCACCAACCUAGGCGUGCUCACCUGCAUCCAGUGCUCUGGCGUCCACCGCGAGUUGGGUGUGCGCUUCUCCCGCAUGCAGUCCCUCACCUUGGACCUGCUAGGCUCCUCUGAGUUAUUGCUUGCGUUAAACAUUGGAAACACAUGCUUCAAUGAGAUCAUGGAAGCCCAGCUGCCUUCACACAGUGGCCCUAAACCCUCAGCUGAGAGUAACAUGAGUGCCCGCAGGGACUACAUUGUGGCCAAGUAUGUCGAACACAGAUUUGCCCGACGGUCCACACUUGAACCUCAGAGACUACAAAUGGCCAUAUGUAAUCAGGACCUUCUGUCUGUGCUAGAAGCCUUUGCUAAUGGGCAGGACUUUAGACAGCCACUACUUGAGCCUGAGGGGCAGGCACCUGGAGAACUUGCCCUGCACUUGGCUAUCAGAGUCGCCAACCAGACCUCUCUGCCUCUGGUGGACUUCAUCAUUCAAAAUGGUGGCCACUUGGAUGCCAAGGCUGCAGAUGGGAAUAGCGCUCUGCAUUGUGCUGCUCUCUACAACCAGCCCGACUGCCUCAAGCUACUACUGAAAGGGAGAGCUUCAGUUGGCUCAGUGAAUGAUUCAGGAGAGACAGCUCUAGACAUUGCCAGGAAAAAGCAGCACAAGGAAUGUGAGGAGCUGUUGGAGCAGGCGCAGGCUGGAACACUGGCCUUCCCUCUGCACUUGGACUACUCCUGGGAAAUCUCCACAGAGCCUGGAUCUGACAGUGGGGAGGAUGAGGAAGAAAAGCAGCUCUGCCCUCUGAAGCCCCCAACCCUGGCCCAUUGGACUAAUGUGAGGUUGGACAUCAGCAACAAGACCUAUGAGACCAUCACCAGCCUGGCACCAACUGCCCCUCAGAGCCAGAGUGAGGAUUUCCCCCCACCCUUGCCAGUCAAAAAUCCUUCUCGGUCGGUGGUUCAAGAACGGGCUGGACAUGGAAGUAGAGAUUGGUUAGAAGCCCCCAGCCUCAGCUUGGAGCCCUUUGGGGUCCCUGAGAACCUGAGCAGUCCAGGCUCUUCCUCUUCCAGCCUCAUGAGCCCUGUGGAACCUGGGGGUCCCAGUAAAACCCUGCCUGGCUCUGAAGAGGGCCCCAGGGAAUCCCCAGGCCCUUCCAAACCCAGCCUGAUAUCUGGAACCACUCUUGCAGAAACAUAUCACCCAGUCAGGUUCAGCUCAGAAAGCACACGUUCCUAUCGGCGGGGAGGCCGGAGCCUGGAAGACAGUUCCUCAUCCAGGCAGCCUCUGCUCAAAAGGAACAUGCCGGUUGGCAUCACUGAAGGUGACAGCUCAAGGGCUGGAGGUCUGCCUUCAAGUUCUAUGCAGCCUUUGCAAGACUAGCUCCAUGCUGGCUCUUGAAUGCCUGAACCAUCCCCACUCUGGACCUCAACAUUUGGAGCUGGACUUGAGCCCACAACAUUGAGAACCUGAGCUGUUUGUUCCGUUUGGGCCUUGUUUUCUCUGUCCUUUGAACCUCUGCAACUGACUUUCCUCCCUGACAUAGAUCCAUGUUCCUAUCAAGGACACAAGCCCUUUAUCUUAGGGCUGAUGGUGGUUCUUUCCCCACUAUCUCAUUACCUCCUAGGGACCAGGGAAUGCUAUGGCUGAAUCUAAAUCCUCCUAAUCUAGCUUCAGCUACAGAACCCUUGAUCCUUUCAGACCAGGACUGUUUCUUCCAUCAGCUUGGGGGCUCCACAAGAGUAGGACUAGCCUGCCUUUAUCAUUCUCCAAACUAGAAAUUCUGCCAGACUAAGAGCUGUCUUCUCGACUGUCCCUUAACUUUUGUUCCUUUACUGAGUUCUGGCUCUGUGUCCACAUCUGCACUAGGCAUUAUAGAUGCCAGAUGAGUGAGACAGGGUCCUGUAAGGGUAUACUCCCUUGCUGAAAAGUGCAUCUCAAGGGCUGGGCUAGGGUUGGGGUAGGACUAGAUUCCUGGGGAUGGUCUAGGCCUAGGGGAAGACUGACAGCUAUUUUAUGCCUGUAUGAUACCACAGUUGUCUAUAAUUCAUAUAAAUUCUGUAUGGUUAGUGUCUGUGCUAUACUGGCCAUCAUUGAGAAUCAUUCUGUUUGAGGAAUAGUACAGCCUUCCCAAAGAUGUCUACCAUAUUCUCCACCAGGAGGUAGAAUAGGCUCUCCUCCUGCCACAUCCCUAUGUGCCUGCUCACCUGAUUAAGUAGGAAGGAAAGAAUGACCUAGAACAGUUGAUCCUCGGUUUUCACCUCUUCUCUUGGUCAACUCAGUGUCAGGAAAAAGGUCAAAAAAGGAGGAAUAAUAGUGAUAGAAAUAGGAUGGCAGACACAUAAUUGCCACCAUGACUUUUAGCCCCACAUUAAAAAGCAGGUAUACUGGAGCCACCAUCAUUCUCUCACUCAAGUUUCCAGAGGUUGAGUGUGGGGCCCUGGUAAGGAUGGGUCAGGCCAAGAGAGGGAGUCCUCUAGAGGGUGCCAGUGGCCAACACAGCAGUGUGGCUGUUGCUACUGGUGGGGUUGGGGGGUGGUGCCUAUAGCUGUUUACUCUGGAGCCCUGACUGGUUUCAGUCCUAUAGGCACAGGAUUGUCUUCUGAAACUCCAGUGUCUGUUUUGGUUCAUCUCAGACUUGAUAUUUUGCUCAUCUCUAAUAAAAGUUUUGGGUUUUGCCUUU